ACGAACACCAAUCAGAAGUCGGGAGGUAUUCGCGUGUUGUGCUGAUUGGCUUAAAACGCGCAGUCGAAGCAGCUGAUUUUUUUUUAUAUCAUUUGAUAGGACCCACGAUGAUGGCGCAUUUUACCCACAAUGCAGCUCGGCUGCGCGCGCAGGAUUAGCCGCGAGUUACGAUAGCUAGCUAGGCAGCUAGCCGCCAGCGGGUGAAUGCGCCUGCCGCUGCCGCCGGCUUCAGGCCGGCCCAUGGACCGCCUCCAUGGACACUCCCCACAAAGCGGCUCCGGCGGAGCGCACGUCGACACCCGGGCCGCCGGGCGUCCCCUCCUCGGAUGAAGCGAAUAUUUUCCGCUGGCCCAGGCCGGAGGCGGAAAAUGGGGAGACCGGCGCCGAGCCCGAGAGGGCACCUGGCGGCCGCUGGACGGCCGUGUUCGACUACGAGGCGACGGCGGACGACGAGCUGAACCUCCGCCGGGGGGACCUGGUGGAGGUGCUGUCCAAAGACUCGCUGGUGUCCGGAGACGAGGGUUGGUGGACCGGUGUUGUGGCCGACCGGGUGGGCAUUUUCCCCUGCAACUAUGUCAGUAGGGGCGUGCCGGAGGAGAGGCGGGCCGCGUCGUCGCAGGAAGUGCCCCCCUUGCACCUCUUGGAGAUCGACUUCUCCGAGCUGGCCCUGGAGGAGAUCAUCGGCGUGGGCGGCUUCGGCAAGGUGUACCGGGCGGUGUGGCGCGGCGCCGAGGUCGCGGUGAAGGCGGCGCGGCGGGACCCCGACGAGGACGCCGAGCAGACGCUGGCCAGCGUGCGGCAGGAGGCCAAGCUCUUCGCCAUGCUGGAGCACGCCAACGUCAUGGCGCUGCUGGGCGCGUGCCUGCGCCAGCCCAACCUCUGCCUGGUGAUGGAGUACGCCCGGGGGGGCGCCCUCAACCGGGCGCUGGCAGGCAAACGGGUGCCGCCCUGCGCCCUGGUGGACUGGGCGGUACAAGUCGCCCGGGGUAUGCGCUACCUGCACGACCAGGCCAUCGUCACCAUCCUCCACAGAGACCUCAAGUCCAGCAAUGUCCUCAUCCUGGAGAGGCUCGAGAGGGACGAUGACCUGAGCAACAAGACGCUGAAGAUUACUGAUUUUGGGCUGGCGCGCGAGUGGCAGCGCACCACCAAGAUGAGCGCGGCGGGCACGUACGCCUGGAUGGCGCCCGAGGUCAUCCGCUCGUCCACCUUCUCCAAGGGUAGCGACGUUUGGAGUUACGGCGUGCUGCUGUGGGAGCUGCUGACGGGCGAGGUGCCAUUCCGGGGCAUCGACGGCCUGGCGGUGGCUUACGGCGUGGCCAUGAACAAGCUGGCGCUGCCCAUCCCGUCCACGUGUCCGCAGCCCUUUGCGCGCCUCAUGGAGGGCUGCUGGAGCUCAGACCCUCACUCCCGACCGCAUUUCGCCGACAUUCUGGGCCAGCUGACCGCCAUCGAGGAGUCGGGAUUCUUUGAGAUGCCGCCCGAGUCCUUUUGCUCGUUGCAGGACGACUGGAAGCUGGAGAUACAGGAGAUGUUUGAUCAGCUCAGGACCAAGGAGAAGGAGUUGCGUUCGUGGGAGGAGGAGCUGACGCAGGCGGCGCUGCAGCAGAAGUGCCAGGAGGAGGCGCUGCGGCGGCGCGAGCAGGAGCUGGCCGAGCGGGAGAUCCACAUCCUGGAGCGCGAGCUCAACAUAAUCAUCCACCAGCUGUACCGCGAUAAGCCGCACGUGGAGCGCCGCCAGGGAAAGUUCCGGCGCCACCGCCUCAAAGUCAAGGACGGCAACAGGAUCAGCCUGCCGCUGGAUUUCCAGCACAAGAUCACUGUGCAGGCCUCGCCGUCACAUGACCGUCGCAGGAGUUUGCUCAGCAGCGGUUCCAGCCCGCCAACCAGCCCGCCACUGCUCCCUCGCCUGCGAGCCAUACAGCUUACGCCACGGGAAGGUUGCUGCGGCGGCUGGGCUCGCGGUGCAGGCGAAGAGGAGGUCGAAAGGAGGGGCUCCAGGAAGAAGGGCAGGACGGGAGGCUGCGGACCGCAGCGGGAGCACAGCGCCGACGCCAGCGUGAGAGCCGCCGCCGAGGGCAGCCGCCAGCGUUCCUGCAGCGCCCCCAACCUGCGCCGUUCCCCGAGACACAGCCCCGCCGUGCCGGGGGUGCCCAGCCUCCUGGAGAGUGAAAAUGAAGACUGCUGCUUCGUGAGCCGUUCUGGAGCGCUGCCAACUCAGUCGUACCUGUGCCCCCCCAGCCAAGACUACGACCAAUGGGAAGCCGGCGAGGAUCCCUUUGAGGACGUCCACGUUCCGGGAGCCACGGGCAGCCGCAAGAGCCCCGGCAGCGGUCGGCGCACGGACCUGGUGCUGCUCGCCUGCGGCUCCGUGCUUGCGGCCGUGGCCCUGGGUGAGAGCCUGCUGACGUUGCCCCGUCCCGAGGAGGGCAGCAAAUCGCGCUGGGACGCCUUCUUCCACGCGCACAGACUAUUUCGGCGGGACAGCCCGCUGCGGAUUCCGCCGUCUUCGCCUUCAGACCGCGACUCGUCCACGCGCUCGCUGCUGCGUUCUGUCGGCGACGACCCGCCAGCCGUCCCCCCUGCCCGUUGUCACGGCAACCUGCUGGUCAACACCCACCUGGAGAGCUUCAAGCGAGAUCCACGGCAGUCGCUCACCCCCACGCACGUGCCCUGCGCACCCGGCGCCGGCACCGCACGCACCGGGAGCCUGCGACGCACGCCGUCUGAUGGCGCCAUCCGGAAGAGCUGCCCGCAGAACAACCUCGAACCUUUGCCGGAGAAAAGCAUCUUGGAGAACACGAGGAGCACCUUCCGAGGUUUUGCCGACAACUUCUCGGCCGUCCCCCGCCUCCCGGACCCCAACGUGGUGUUCCCGCCCACCCCCCGCCGGCGCUGCGCUCCCGAGCGUCCUAAAACCUUGGACAUCCUGGCGCGGCCUCGGCCCUCGCCGCGGCCUCGCUGCGACGCCUUCCGCCCUGAAGUGCGGGGCCGCGGAGGGGGCGGCGACUCUCCGGCGGCGCACACCUCCAGCACGGAGACGCCGCAGACUGCAGAGGAGCCCCCCACGCCUUACUACCCCGACAGGGGGCGCAACCUGCUGGACGCUGAGGACGAGGGCCAGUGCCGGGACGGCACCGUGCCGCUGUGCAGCAAAGACUCGGAGGGGUACAGGUCUUGACUUUUGAACACAAUGCUCACUUAAUCCCAAAUCACUAUAUAAGGACUUUUGUAAAGUCCACAAAAAGUUCCACUCAUGACGGCGUCGGGAAUGAUUGAUUGAGUCCGAGCGCAGUCGCUGUGUUCUGAUCCGUUCUCUCGUUCCCCACGUCCCAAUCACCAUACAGUGAAACCUCGAUUUUCUUGAGUAAUCCGUUCCAAAAACAAUUACCGUAAUUCCCGGCCUACAGAGCGCACCUGGUUACAAGCCUCACCGAGUACAUUUGUAAAGGUUCAUACAUAUUUGUAAAGGAAAUACCAUUUGGUACAUACGUACGGCGCAGGUGCCCACAUUGAAACCUGCAUAGAAACGAUAGAUAUUUACAAAGAAAGACGGUACACAGAAAGAAUUUAACUCUAGUGCUAACGGUAACAGGGCCGGUUGAAAUAAAACUUGCCGGUAAAUAUCACUGAGACACACCAGUAACACAGCAGCAACGUGCUAGCACAGCGCUAAUGCUAGCGCAGCGCUAACAUGGCUGGUUAAAAUAAAAGUUUAACGAUUAAUGUCAUUGAGACACGCCAAUAACACAGCAGCAACACACUAGCACAGCGCUAACAGUAGCGCACCGCUAACAGGGCCGGUUGAAAUUAAUCUUACCGGUAAAUAUCACUGAGAGAUGCCAGUGACACAGCAGCAACACGCUAGUUGCGUGCUAACACUUGUGCUAAUGCUAACAGGGCCGGUUUAAUUAAAACUUACCAAUCAAUAUUACUGUGACACAGCGGCAACACGCUAGCUCAGUGCUAAUGCUAGCGCAGCGCUAACAGGGCCGGUUGAAAUAAAACUUGCCGGUAAAUAUCACUGAGACACUCCAGUAACACAGCACCAACACGCUAGCACAGCGCUAACCCUAGCACAGUGCUAACAUGGCUGGUUAAAAUGAAACUUACCGGUAAAUGUCACUGAGACGCUCCAGUAACACAGCGGCAACACGCUAGCUCAGUGCUAAUGCUAGCGCAGCGCUAACAGGGCCGGUUGAAAUAAAACUUGCCGGUAAAUAUCACUGAGACACUCCAGUAACACAGCGGCAACAUGCUAGCACAGCGCUAACGCUAGCGCCGCGCUAACAGGGCCGGUAAAAGUCAGUUCCUCAGCACAUGUAUUCCACCGGUCCCAUUUUUACCUUUUCCACUCGAGUGCCCAUCUGCAGCCCGUUAGGAAAAAAUGCACGAAUUAGCCGCAUCACCGCUGAAACCGCAGGGUUGAAAGCGUGUUUGGGGGGGGGGGGGGGGGUGUCGCGGCUUGUAGGCCGCAAAUUACGGUAAUCAGUCCCAGACUUUUGCUAUAGGUAAGAAAACAUUUCACCUCCUCAGCAUAUUAGCGUUGUUACCGUGUUAUCUAUCAUAUGCUGUAUGCAGGAAAAAAGUUUUUAUGAUAACAGAGCGGCUGUACAACAUCUGGGGUACAAUUUUGAGGGAAAAAAAAACUCAACAGAAUUGUAUGAAAUCCGAGGUUCCGAUAUAUUUGGACUCUGUAGAUUGCUAAAAAUCCUUAUAUGGUGAUCUGGAAGUCGGGAACGAGUGAACGAUUCCAAACGCUUCAGAAUGAUUCGCUCGUUUCCCGAUUCACUAUAAUCACAAAGUUAAAAAAAAAAAAAAAAAAAGCAUCAUGAAUGUACACGCGCCGGAUUGACUCGCAGUUGUUGGGCGUUCACGUUUGAAGUCGGGCGACACGUCACGAAUGCGCCAUUCACACGAAAGCCGCUGCAGCUCGCCUGCGGCCUACUUAAGGGGAACGUCGAAUAUGUAUUCUGCAUCGUUUAUCAUAAGCGCAGCGCAGGUGAGGAGCAUUCCAAUGCACGUGUGGCUAUCCUGAAACUACUACAAGGGACAUCACUAUAAGCUGUAUUUAUUACUUAAGUUUUUUUACCAUGUUUGCCUUCAUUUUUGACCCACUUCACUGCAAUCUUAAAUUAUGAAAAUUGUAAAUCCUUUUCUUUAUUUAUUUGCCUACCAAAUGCAGUCACUAGAGUAGAAUUUUAAUUUUUUUACUGUGAUUAUCGGGACGAAUUCCACAAAUAUAAAUACAGUAGAUUGCAAAAAUGUAUUAAUAUGAGUAUUAAAAGUCCCCCCCAAAACAAAAUUGAGCCUCAAAAAAUAUAAUAUAUAUAUAUAUAUAUAAUUUGAAAUUAUUUAGGAUAAAAAGAAUGAACAUCCAACACUGUCAAAAAAAAAAACUUGGAAAUAAAAAAAAUGAGGCUCCCAAAAAUGAACAUCGAAACACAAAAUUGAGGAUCAAAAGAUGUUAUUUUUAAACAUUUAAUUUUAAUAAUUACAAACUGAGGCUCACAUCUCAAAAAGACCACCAGCAACAACAGCACAGGGGUUCACAGUUCUGAUGAUUGGGGGUUCAAAUCCCAUUCCUGCCCCUGUGGAGUUUGCGUGUUCUCUCCGUGGCUGUGUGGGCUUUACCUGGGCACUCCCCCCCCCCUCCCCCCAAAAAAAAA